ACGCGAUAAAGCCUAGCUUGCGCCGCGCCCAACUGAGCACGUCUUCCACCAGUACUUCCAUCAUCCCUUCCCUUACCCCUGCAGGACAAGAGCCAGGGCCUGAAGCAGUGUGUGAGAACCUUCCCUCUACGCCAUCCACGAGCGGCCGUGUCAAGCACAAAGCCACAACAAGGAACGAAAUACGUGAUAAACAUGACGCAAGCCAAGUCUAGAUAUCGUGCGAUACUAUCCUAGCGAAAAUAGAUUUGUCUGGUUAUUAAUAAUUUGAAGGUUUUAUAUUGUGCGAUGGCUUAGAUGUGAUUUUUAGAUGUGUUUUUUUCUUAAAUAAUGUACCGAAGUAAACAAAAAAAUUGUGUUAAACAAAUGCGGUGAUUAUGGAUGUUCAAAAGGUUCUGCCAUAUUUUGAACAGGAUAUACAGUGUUUGAAAUUGAUGAAUUUAUUUUGUGUUGUUUAAUUAUUCUCAAGCUGAUUCAUUGUAAAACAUCACAUUCGUAAAAGAACCAAGAGACGCGCACCAGACGUUUCGAACACACCAAGUUGACAGUAGAUCAUUUUAAAAAGACAGAUCCUCCUGUACGAUCUUUUCCAAAUGCUAUAAAGCCCUAUAUGUAUAUGCGAGCAAAGAUUAUUUUAAAAUAAAAUCUGCUACCAACAUGACCUUUACGUGUCUACAGUGUUGUCGACUAUCUGCUUUAUGACAGGCGCUGUCACGCGCCUGACAUUGUGUACAUGUUCUUCCUAUGAUUACAUUAUCUAAAGUGACAAGUAACUGCUCUCCUCUGCUCAGAGUCGCCGCACUAAGAUAAACAAUCUUCCAUUCUCUCAGAGUGCUUCUGUGAGACAGACAAUAGCAUCUGAAGCGGUCCUUGAAAACAAAAUACAAAAUCAGCCUAGGCUAAGGCAACCCUUGACGGCGCGCAGCUUCAUGUAUUAUACUAUUACACAGCGUGAAGACAAGCAAUCAGCCUACCAGGGUAUUAGAGAAUUAUGGACGACUUGGAACAAGAUUUGAUCGAUAAUGACAGCCUAUCUUUACCCACGAGCUUCAGAUCUGCUGACGGAGGUAGACACAAUCCUGGAUACCAAGCCAGCAGCGACGAGGGGGAGAAUGGGGCCACUAUAAACGACACGAAAAUGGUCAGUAGCGAUGAGGAAGGUGGGGUCAGGACGGAGGAAAUGGAAGAGGUCAGGCCACAGGACAAGAAUGAGGUCGGGACAGAGGAUGGGGUCAAGAGGGAGAAGGAUGGGAUCAGAAAGGAGAGAAAUAGGGCGCAGUUCGUGGCGGUGGAGAUACCACCGUGGGGCCUGGGGGAUAGCGAGGCGAAGGAGUAUGUUUGCAAAGGAACAGACGAGAAAGAACAGAGCGAGGAUAUGAGCACCGCGCACGACAACAAACAGAAAGAUAACCAGGACAAGGCUAGAGAUAACCUAGCCUUCUGUAGUGAAGAUAACCCGGAAAAACACCUCAUUUCUCCUGGUGCUAGUGAUGACAGUCAACCCAAAAACUCACAUCCCCUGGAAGCAAUGAAGAUUCACCCCAGAGAGGAAGAUACGUCCAGCUGCACGGGACAAUCAACUAGCGAUGACGACGACGACGACAGCUCAUCCGACCUGUCGAGCACGUCGACUCGAGCAGCUCAUAUGUUGCCGGACUCUGAGGAUGGCUUCGACCUGGUGCGGACGCUCCGCCACUACCGUCGACGUCGACAUCGGUCCUCCGACAGCGACACCACCAACUCCAACUGCUCCUGCGAGUCGUGCGUCUCAAAAACCAACAUGUCCUACUUCGGCAGCGAGGAGGGUCCUCCGGGAGGCGAGGCGACCGUCUACCGAAGAGCUACCAUUUGGCUAGAGAGCAUCAAGUACCUGUGGGGUCUACUGAUCUACGGGCUGCUGGCGGUGGCGACCAUGUUCACAGGGGCGGCGUUGUGGGCCUUCUACCGGGAUCAGAAGUCUGAUCAAGAGGUCGGUCGCGUCAUGCUAAAAUGGACAUUGCCGAUGUUGGUGCUGGUCGUGUUGGUGAUCAUAGCGUGGAGGGCGACCUGGUAUGUCCUGAUAUGGAAGGGCUAUGGCAAGGGAGACCAAAUUGUGGAUCGUAGCAGCAUCAUCAAAAGCGCCCAGAGAAAGAAGUUGGUGUACACAGUGCGAGGAGCCAUCUACGCGCCCACCAGACCUAACCCGAAGGGAAAGUACGAGCCGCCGCUCUACGAGGUGGUCGCCUACGAGAGCGAGUACGACUCCUCGACCUACUUCGACAGCGACCUCGAGGAAGACGGCCAGUAUCGCAAGACUAUUACACCCUGGAGGGAGGUAGACGAUCCCGUCACGCAGGCUAAGAGGAACAUCUACACCCGCAAGUCCUGGUUUAGAGACGUGCCUCUAGUCUGGUGGGAGGUCUGUACAGAACCCCCUAGAGAUUUCUGAAAAACUCCCAGAGAUUUCUGAAAACCUCCCGGGGAUUAGAAAACCUCACAGGGAUUUAUGAAAACCUCACAGGAAUUUCUGGAAACCUCCCAGGGAUUUCUGAAGUCUUGCUCUUCAGUUUCCAAGAUAACGGUACCACUUACGGACAUUAAGAAGGUGUUAAUACCUUACAAGAGUACAGCAAUGUCUUCUCGUGGAUUCUGAAGGUAUAUUUCAAGCUGGUUAGGAGCCCCAAGCACCUGCAUCACUAUGUUUUGUUAAUUUUUAGGGUUUAACAUUUUUAAGGAAGGCUAAACUUAGGAAGCUCUUAACAUUUCUUGUAUAUUAGAGGUCAGGCUACGUCUGAGAAAAAUUCUGAAGGUCGUUGAAGCCUAAAAUAUUUUCUGAAGUUCAUAUGAUCUCUAUAGACCUUAAGGAGCCACUAAAUCUUUCUCAAUUACUCAAAAUCUUAAAUGUGUGUCUAUUCAAGAGAUUUUUUAUAUUGCAAGAGAGGGUUGACAUUACAAGAAAAUUGCAUAUAAACGAUUUGUAUUAACGCUCGUUAAAUCAGUUUAUUAUCAACCCCCCACUACCCGCCACCAGGACAUUUUUUUUUAUCUUUAUUUAAGAAAAUACAAUAUAAAUUACAUAUACAUAAGUUUUACAAGGCAAUUAUACAUUACAAUUCUUAGUGAACAAGUGUUUCAGUAGUACAGAACAAGAUCUUUAAA